AUGACGGUCCCUGUAUCACCUCGUCCUCUACGUCCGAACGAACGUAUACUUACCAGCGAAGAUGGCGCUAUUCACACGCCUGCCCGCGCUCCGUCGCCCAUCUAUCGAUUCGGAACCCUAGCGGUCCACGCCGGCGCACCUCAUGAUCCUUCUACCGGCGCUGUUAUUGAACCUCUUUCGCUCUCCACCACCUUUGCACAAACAGCCGUCGGCAAGCCAGUCGGUCUAUACGAAUACAGCCGGAGCGCAAACCCGAACCGUGACAACUUUGAAGAAGCAGUUGCUGCUCUUGAGCAUGCAAGAUAUGCCCUAGCCUUCGCGUCUGGCUCAGCGACAACGGCCACAAUCCUACAAUCCCUAGCAUCGGGCUCGCAUGUGAUUUCGGUAUCAGAUGUCUACGGUGGAACCCAUCGGUACUUCACAAAAGUUGCACUGGCACAUGGAGUCGAAGUCACCUUCUCACCCUCUAUCGAACUUGACGUGGAAGAACUGAUCCGGGAACAAACCAAACUCAUCUGGAUCGAAAGCCCGUCAAAUCCGACCUUGAGCCUGGUUGACAUCAGAAAUGUGGCUACAAUUGCGCACAAACACGGCAUCCUGGUCGUGGUUGACAACACAUUCUUAUCGCCCUAUGUCCAAAACCCGCUAGAUCACGGAGCAGAUAUCGUUGUCCACUCAGUCACGAAGUAUAUCAACGGUCACUCAGAUGUGGUGAUGGGUGUCGCUGCAUUCAACUCCGAUGAACUUAAGGAACGACUCACGUUCCUUCAGAACGCGAUCGGAGCUAUUCCGUCCCCCUUUGACUGCUGGCUCGCACAUAGAGGCCUGAAGACUCUCCACCUCCGAGCCCGCGAAGCAAGCAAAAACGCUCUGGCCGUUGCAAAGGCCCUCGAAGCCUCGCCGAACGUCAUCUCUGUCAACUAUCCUGGCCUCGACUCACACAAACAGCGAGCAAUCGCUCUCAAACAGCACCGUGAUGGUAUGGGCGGUGGUAUGCUCAGUUUCAGACUCAAGGGUGGUCACCCAGCCGCAGAGCGAUUCUGCCAGCAAACAAAGAUCUUCACUCUGGCUGAAAGUCUAGGAGGUGUCGAGAGUCUUUGCGAAGUCCCCAGUGCGAUGACACACGCAGGCAUUCCCAAGGAUCAGCGGGAGGCUAUCGGCGUCUUUGAUGACCUCGUGCGACUAAGUUGUGGUGUCGAAGAUGCUAAUGACUUGAAGAAGGACGUCCUGCAAGCUUUGGAAAAGGCCGUCGUGGGUCCGAAAAUCUCUAAUGGCGUCAACGGAGCAAACGGUGCAGGUAUCUCAAAGGGAUAG